CUUCAUUUACUCUUUUUUUUUUUUUAAACUUUGGUAGUGAAUCCAGGGGGUUUCUUUCUGUAUGCCUUAGUUGGAAUUCAUCUAGAUUUUACUUGAUGCUUGCCAGUAACAACUGCUACUACCGAGUAGCAAUGAUUCUGGGGUAUAGGUGGUAAUAUGGGUACGAUCAAUGUAUAGGUGCCUGAUUUUUCAACUUUUGUUAGUUGAUCGUUCGCCUUUAUUUUGGCGAGAACACUUGAAUUCUAACUUAUUCUUGAAUUGCAACUAUUUUCGGGGAUCGCGGGUUGGUGUUUCUCCUAUUAAAGGGACCCCAUUACAUUUCUGUUUCUAUGGCAUAAUCUCUAUAGAGGUGGAUUUAGUAGAAACCUGGUCUUUUAAUACCAUGGAAAAUGUUUUGGGGCACCAUUUUAUUAGCAGAAGUUCUCCCAUAUAAAUAUGCUGAAAAGCUGCGGCUGUCCAUCUCAGACUUGAUCGUUUUGUUAUCUUUGGAUUUUCUGUGGCUAUACGUUAUGAUCCUUCAGCAUUUUGACACCUUUCCAUACUAAGGAUCAUGCAAAAUCAAACUAACCAAUGGUUAAUUUUAUCUGGAUUAACCAACCAGCCAAUGGUUGUUACUGUGUGAUUUCUUUGCAGCAUAAAAUUUCCUGGCUAGUGUUUAUAAAACAUUACUUGCAUCUAAAUGUUUACUGUCUAAGAACAGUUUAAAACAAGUAUUCUUAUGUCCAUAAGCAUAAGAGAGUAUACAAGAGAGGUUUAUGCAAUACAUUGUUAGUUUGCUAACCUUCCAAGAAUAGCUUUCUGAUAACAAUGUGGCCUUUGCGUGAUUUCCUGUAUUCUGAUUUGACUGGCUUUGAAUACAGUUUCUUCUGGAGCAGCUAUAUUUUACAGAGAAGGCAGAUAAUUGGCCAAUCAUACAGUCAUGACUUGCUUCUCCUUUUUAUUUGGUAGAAAGUUGGAUUCAGCAACACAACGCUCAGUUGAGCUAGAUGAUGAGCUCUCUGGCAUCCAGAACGUCACUCUUUACACGUACAAGGCGUUGAGAAUUGCCACUGAUGAUUUUAGUCCAACCAAUAAAAUAGGGGAGGGUGGAUUUGGUUUUGUCUACAAGGGAAAGCUCAGAAGCGGCCAGAUGGCUGCCAUAAAGGUUCUUUCUACUGAAUCAAGGCAAGGAGUACGUGAGUUCUUGACUGAAAUUCAAGUGAUUUCGGAAAUACAGCACGAAAAUCUAGUGAAACUUUACGGUUGUUGUGUGGAAGGCAAUCACAGAAUUUUGGUGUACAACUACCUAGAGAAGAAUAGUCUUGCAAAAACACUUCUUGAUGGAGAUUACAAUAACAUCCAGUUUACUUGGCGAAUAAGGACAAAAAUUUGCAUUGGAGUUGCUAGAGGACUUGCCUACCUUCAUGAGGAAGUGAGACCUCAUAUCGUCCACCGGGAUAUCAAAGCAAGCAAUAUACUUCUAGACAAGGAUCUAACACCUAAAAUUUCAGAUUUUGGUCUUGCAAAACUCAUCCCUCCCAACAUGACUCAUGUGAGUACACGAGUAGCAGGGACCAUUGGUUAUUUGGCGCCUGAAUAUGCAAUAAGAGGCCAGUUGACACGUAGAGCAGACAUUUACAGCUUUGGAGUUCUGUUAAUCGAAAUAGUUAGUGGAAGAUGCAACACCAACACAAGACUUCCUAUUGAAGAACAGUAUCUUCUUGAAAGGACCUGGAAACUAUAUGAAAGAAGGGAACUAGUUGGGCUCGUAGAUACAGCACUAAACGGGAAUUUUGAUGCCGAACAAGCAUGCAGAUUCCUGAAGAUUGGGCUUCUGUGCACUCAGGAUGAUCCGAAGCUUCGACCAUCCAUGUCCAGUGUUGUCAAGAUGCUAACAGGUAAAGACGUUGAUGAGCAUAAGAUCACGAAACCAGGCUUAAUCUCCGACUUCAUGGACCUCAAGGUCAGAAGCAACGCCCCUAAAGCUAAGCCUGGAAGUGAUCAUACCCCCGGCAAUUAUGCAUCCUCUGGCUCCGACAAUCUGGAUACCACAAGAUUAACUUCAGCAGCUUCUUCUCAAGCUACCAUGACGUUUACUUUUCCAUGCACCCAAAGCAUGUAAGCUUAGGGUAACCAAAUUGAAGAGGUCGUUGCAUUUUCUUUAUUCUUUUACCAUAUUGGGUGAGUGAAUUUUAUUCGUUACCUCGUCAAGAUGUGUAUUGCAGUGGCAAUUAGAUGAUUAUUAGAUUCCACCCCCACCUGUUUCAUGUAUGUACAUAUAAUACGAAUUUUUGGAGUCAGCUCUUGCCAAUGCCAAACGCAUUAUUAAAGGAAGAGGAAAGCACUGAGUCGUUUCAAA